AUGUUCCAAGGGGAGAAACUACCUCCAGGCCAGACAACCAAGGAUGUCGACCUUGCCAUCAUGCAGCGCAUCGUGUACGAUUCAGCUAUUACACGGCUCGCUGCCAAGUUAGCCAUGGGCGGGUUUGUCGUAGAGGCUGGUGGCUUUGCAGCAGUAGCGUGCUGGGAGCCGGCGCGAGUGGGUGACCCGCACCGCAUAGAUGUGUCGACGGCGACAACGUCAGGGAAGAGACCGCUAUUUAAAGCGUUUGUGGACGGGGUCGCGGAGCUAAUGCAUGAGCACUUGUAUCCUAUUGCGGAGCGUGUGAGUGCUGGCCGGUAUUGGAAGUUGAGCCUUAUGGCGAGGGAUCCGGCGGUAGAAUAUGUACCAGGUGCUGUUCGGGCGGUGCUGGUCCCCUUUAUGGAGAAGUUCACCUCAGACCAAAACGAAGGCGGCGCUAUGCCUGUGUGGCUAGAUGCUGGCAGCGAACGGGCUCGUGAUAUCUAUGCCCACUUUGGCUUCCGUGAGGUUGGUGAGAUAGUCACAGGAGGAGUUAAGACUUGGGGCAUGAUAUACACGGGAAAAAUUAAUAUCAAGAAGAUAGAUACUAAGACCAGCUGA